GGACUUAACUGUUCAGAUGAAUGCAGCAAGCACUGUGUGAACGAAUCUUGUAAUCACGCAACUGGCACUUGCGAUAAUGGCUGCAUGCCGGGAUGGAGGAAUGACAAAUGCAACGAAAAAUGUAGUAAUGGUACAUUUGGUGUCAUGUGUGAAGAGUUCUGUAGUGGAAAUUGCUUGAACAAUGAAACUUGUUACUAUGUGGACGGUCAUUGUAUGAAGGGAUGUCUGUCGGGAUAUCAAAGCAAGAAAUGUGACGCCCCUUGUGACCCGGGAUACUUUGGCAAAAAUUGUUCGCAAAAUUGUUCUGUAAAUUGCUAUGAUAUUUGUAAUAAUAUUAAUGGACAGUGCAAAUGCAUGAAAGGAUGGAUGGGGGAAAACUGUUCCGAAGUGUGCCCCUCUGAAUAUUAUGGUCAUAAUUGUGAAGAACGCUGCAGUUCGAACUGUAUGAAGAACGAGCCGUGUGACGUUAUAAAUGGAAGUUGUCCAAGUGGAUGUCAACAAGGUUAUGAGGGUUAUAUGUGUCAGCCUUUGAAAGGAUUCGCGGUGAAGGCGUCUGAGAAAAAUCAAGAAAAUAUCAUAUAUGGCGUGAUUGGUGGUGUUGUAUUAGUAAUUGUCGUUGUCGUGGUACUGUUCAUAUGGUUACUUCAAAGGAGACGAAGAGCGAGGCUCGUAACAAAAGAAAAAGACGGAAGUCAACAAACUUUGGAAUUUGUUUUACACAAUGCUAAUGAAGAUAACCUAACACAGGAUGGUGAUGAUAUUCAUUCAAACAAAAAUGAGAUGCUCCAAAGGACUAGCCUCAAGCCAAAACAAAGACGUAUUCAAAUUAAAGAUCUCUGCACAACAAUAAGGAACUUUUCACGUCAGGAAAAUGCGGGGUUUAAAGAAGAGUACAAGGAGAUUCUUAAUGGCGAGUUACAUCCAUGUGAAGUUGGAAAAAGAGACGAAAACAAAGUCAAAAACAGAUAUACUACAACAUUUCCCUAUGAUCAUACUCGUGUCAUUCUACAAGAGUUGAACAAGAACGAUGGCUAUAUCAACGCUAACUACAUAAGGGAUCUUUCUGGAGAAAAGAGAAGGUAUAUUGCUACUCAAGGUCCAAAAAAGAAAACAUUUGCUGACUUUUGGGAAAUGGUGUGGCAAGAGUUGGUUACAACAAUUGUUUGCUUAACAAAUCUUAAGGAAGGGACAAAGGAAAAAUGUAGACAGUACUGGCCAAACAACAAUGAUAAAAUUCAACAUGGACAUUUUGCAAUUCGAAACUUUGAAGAAAAGACCUAUGCAAAUUAUGUUACGAGGAACUUUCAUGUGCAAAAUAUUGUGAAAAAAGAAGAGCGGGAUGUACGGAUGUUUCACUAUACCCAGUGGACAGACCAUGGUGUUCCUGAAGCAAUAAACCUUGUUAUGUUCCACCGACAUUUCCUGAGAUCGGUAUCAGGGAAUUCCCUUCAACACAAACUUGUUGUUCACUGCAGUGCUGGAAUUGGAAGAACGGGUACCUUCAUAGCUUUGGACGCCCUCUACCGAGACGGUCUGAAUUCAGGUUUUGUAAAUGUGCAGGAAUAUGUUACACAAAUGCGUCAUGACAGAAUGAACAUGAUACAGGGAGAGGAUCAAUAUAAAAUGGUCUAUGCUGCCUUAUAUGAAUCAUUCAGAGGAGAUCUGAGACCUGUUGGUGCUGAAACCUUCCUUUCACAGUAUCAAAACUCCUCUUGUUACGUCAAUCUAGGGGAAGUAGCAAAUAAGAAUUUACCUGUAGAAGAUCAGUUCAAGGAGCUUAAAUCUCUGAAUCCAUACCACACUGUAAAUAACAGCGUGUCUGGACAUACAAAUUUUGGUGCUAGUUUUACUGAGGAAGAUUUACCAAACCAAAAAUAUAGAUGUUAUGUGCUCUCCGACGAUGACAGAGAAGUGCAUUAUAAUAACGCUGUUAUCUUGCAGAGUUUUACUAAACCUGACGGAAUUAUAAGUGCCCAGUACCCAAAUGAGAAUCAGUGUGAAGAUUUCCUUUACCUAGUACGAAAGAGUGGAGCUGGUACGGUAGUUUCUCUCGGGCAACUUUCGGACGUAUCCUCGUCGAAAUGUUGGUUUCCAUCUAAAAAUGAUACAAAGGUUGUGGGAGGUUUCACAGUAAAAAUGAGAAUCUGUACUCCCUCCGACUGUGUUACGAAAACAAACAUCAUUAUUCAGAAAAAGGGCUUCAAAGACGUAGCUGUUUCUGUUCUGGAAUGUAACUUUUGGAGGGAGGAUACCGUUGUUGCUGAUUGUCGAAAGAUUCUUAAUGUGAUUACAGAAACCCGACUUGUAGAGUCUACCCGUCCUGACAGUAGAACGCUAGUUUUGUCAAGUGACGGUGCAAAACGGUGUGGUCCAUUUUGUGUUGCUUACAAUGCUAUUGAGCAACUAAUUCUUGACAAAGAGGUUGAUAUCUUCACAACAACGCGAUUGAUACAAAUUCGUAGGCCAGAUAUGAUAUCAACUAUUGAAGAAUACCAAUUCAGUCAUGAUCUUAUAGCGGAAUAUCUACAGAACGAUACAGUUUAUGCUAACUGUUCAAACUAAUAUGCAUCUAUUGCUCCUGGGGAUUGAAGGAACUUUUUAUCUUUUUACGUUACCAAUAUAUUGAAUUAGACAUGGUGUAGCAUUUAUCUUUUAAUUUGCAAAAGAACUUUCAAUUUUUUUUGUUUAAUGUCUAAAUUCUGCUUGCAAGGCAAUGAGCCAGAUUUCACCGAAAAUCUCUUUUUUAGGAUAUUAGUAUAGUAUAAUUAUAAAAAAUAUAAUCUUUUAUUUGGGAUUAUUUGGAGCUAUUUGUGCGUGUAUAUAAACGAUCUAUAUAUGCUCAUCCUAUGAGAAAUGCAUUUAAACGUCUAUUCAUAUAUUGAAAUCAUAAGCUUGUAAGCCCAGUUCAAAUAUAUUACUGUGACGUCAUAUUGUAUUUCACAUUUCGCCCAGUCAGAAUAUCUGGAUAUAGCCUUUUAAACAUACCCGCUAACUCUUUACCUCCCCAAACAGGUUUGUUAAAUUUAGCCUGAGCCCACAGCUCCCAUCCACCCACAACCAACAGGUCAGUUAUUAACCCAGAGAACUAAAGCUCCCCUAUGAAAGUCACUAAAGGCAAUACCUUUUCUGUGACCUUGCAGUUGCCAAUCCGUCGAUAAAUGGCAUAAACAUUUUAUGUAGUCGAAACUUGGUUCCUACCCAAAGCGACUGUGAUCCGUCGACAGGGGUUGCUUACUCCUCCAUAGCACCUGAUCCCACUUCUGAUGUUCUUGGAUAAGAGGUCUCAAUAAACUAAUAAGAGACCCACAGCUCCAACAGAUCAGUUAUAUACAUUUUUCUCACAGAUCUACAGUUCCACUUAAAUAGGCCUCAAGACAAUAAAGGAAAGGCAGAAGUAAGUCAGAAUUUCAAAUAUUUAUUACUUAAAUACUUUGAUAAUCAAACAAAACUUUUAUCAUGACUUAGCAUUUGUAAAUUAUAUUCAAGCAUGUGUAUUAUUUUUCCACAAUUAUUGACAAAAAAAUGAAAUAAACUGCAAAAUA